UAUCGAUGGCAAUCGUGGCGGCACAGAACGCAUACAUUCGUCCUAAACUGAACAACGAAAGCACCUUCGAGAUAGAAAACUGCAGGCACCUUCUUAUGGAACACAUGAUUGUCCAGUUCCAGCAGAACAGCUUCUACUCCGGUGGUAAGCAUAGCCGCAUGAAGAUCAUCACGGGCCCAAAUGGCAGCGGGAAGACCAUGUACCUUAAGCAGAUCGCCUUGAUUGUUUUUUUGGCCCAUGUCGGGUCGUACUUGCCGGCUAAAAACGCUAACAUCGGCCUCGUGCACAGUAUUCACUCUAGGAUGCAGGCCACUGAGUCUGCCGCUGUUAGAUUAUCAGCGUUUAUGAUCGACGUUAGCCAGAUAACCCAAGCUUUGAAUACAGCAAGGUCUUCGUCUCUCAUUUUGAUGGACGAAUUCGGCAGGGGAACCGCGGAAGAGGAGGGUAUUUCUCUUCUCGUGGGGGCGAUGAAAAAAUUUCUGGAAAGGAAAGAGGCUUGUCCCCAUGUGGUGGUGUCGACUCAUUUUCAGCAAAUCGUUAGCCAUAUGCCUGAGACGAGUUUAGUGCAGUAUCUGAAGAUGGACCACGCCAAGGAAGAGAAGAAUUUGUGCUUUUUGUACAAAGUAACGGAAG